AUGACUCCCAACAACACAACGAGUACUCGGCCUCUUGCUAUUUCCUUCAGGACGAAUAGCUCACCUCCGAACGUGUUGGGAAGCACUGGAUCGGUAGUGUACGUCUGGAAUGAGGAGAACACAUGUGUGGCGUUUGUGACGUCCAUGUCCCAUGUGUACUGGAGGAAGGUUCCAGCGGGAGGAAUGGCGGAGAGGGGUGGAGGGAAGACGACGGACGUACCCAGAACAACUCUGGAUGUUGACUAUUCGACGCUUCUACCAACAAUUCCACCGAUCAUUACUGCCUUGGCAGGUGACCUUAAACGCAAUAGUAUCAGAUCUGAUCUUGUUCCUGUUGCUACACUCGUAGGGAAUGUGCUGGUCAACGUCAAAGUGACUGGGAUGCUUUUCACCACCGGUGAUCCGUUUUCGGACGUAGUACUCAAAGAAGUAGAAGUGAUCGUGAAGACAGUAGUGGGGGACGGCGGUUCCACAGGAAAAUUCCUGAGGGUCGGAAAUGGUGUAAAAGUACAACAGUUCGGACUUCGGAGGUCAUCUUUGCUCCGCACAGCGAGAGCUGCUUCGUGGGCUUUCGCCCGGCUACAGGAGGUUCGGAUUCCUGAGAUCUUCGAAACGACCCAGAUAGUCAUUAAUCGCAGUUUGGGGCAGUUAGAAGACGCUGGUGAUAGCGACGAAGAUGAUCUCUCUCGUGUCUUUCUUGGUGCUGCCUCAGACGGGCUGGAACACAUCUCACCCAUGCUGAAGUCUGAUUCCAUAGAGCCUGCGUCCAAGAAAGAAAAAGAGCGAUGGGGAGAGAUGGAAUGUAGUCGCCACUUCUCCACGGCGUCGCAACAUAUGUAA